GAAGAAUAUAUUAAUAAAAACGUUCUCAUAAAUGGAAGAAUUGAAUUCUAAGCAAAGUUUAGGGAAAUGCUGGCAUAUGGAAUUAAUAGAAUUUAUCUAGAGAGCUAUGAUUUCACAAUCGAACCUAAUAUUAUUUAUAGAUAGACAAUGUGAUCAAUUGAUCCGUUCUUAAUAGUAGCAGCUCCAGAAAUUUCAAAUCUUCCAACAGUAUGAAAUUAGUAGAUAUUCCACCUGAAUUAUUCUCCUUACGUCAUAAAGCCUCCAACAAAAAACACGUUACGUUUAUUAAAACAUACUGGCACCUAAAUUGACCGUAUGACGAAAAAAAAGUAGGUCUCCUUUGACGCAUCGAGUGCAAUUUUGCGAAUAUGAGAAAUUUGCUGAUGCUGCAAUAUCUGAUCCAAACACUCGUUACGACAUCAUGCGUCCACGUGCAUUAUAUAUCUUGUGGUGCGAGGGAAGGCUAACUAACAUUUGACUGGAGCACUUUCUGGAACGAGUAUUAAAAAAAAAAAGGCAACAUGCGACUGACGACACUCUUCAUUUUUAUGUGCGUUUACUACGUUCGUGCAAAAAAAACCGAUAAUUCGACUGAAAUUGCUAAGGAAAAAAAAUCAGCAAAAGAUGAUGCUUCCGUCGGAUGUGUCUGUGGCGUUUUUCUCACCGGACAAAUGAAGCGAGGAAGUAAAGAUCCACCCAAUGGAAAUCCUGCGCUUUUGCAUGAACACGGAGAUGCCUUUGCGUGUACAAACCUUGGAAACAAACUCUGUACAAAUAAAUGCCUCGAUGCUAUUGUGAAACAUCUUCCCAAUAGUCCGACGAUUUUGUGUGGAGCGAUCGAUCGUGAUGCCUACAAAGAAAGAGCUUAUCUUUUCAUCAAGAACUGUAAGGACGAAUGGAUAAAUACGAAUCUAUCGGCAGGACGAGAAUAUUGUUGCAAGGACUCCGUGCCAUACAAAUGUCCCAUAAUGAGUUGAGCAUAAAAAAUAUUUGUACACUUUUUUAUACACUUUUUUGAAGCAAAAAUGGUUUUGACUUAAAAAUCAAUAAAUGUCUCGACCGAA